AUGGAGAAACGGUUGUACGUGUGGGGAUCAGGAGGUUCUGGACAGCUUGGAUUGGGGACACUCGACGACUACACUCUUCCUCAAUGUUGGAACACUAGUCCAUUAUCCGUCCAAAUGGAGUCGAUCACAUCCGGUGGUUGUCAUAGUGCAGGCAUCCACAGCGACGGUCGACUUUUUCUAUGGGGAUCAGACGAUCGAGGUCAACUUGGACGUAUUGCAUCGAAGCGAGGACAGAAUUACGUGACCGUGCCGAGGCAGCAUGUGAAAUGCAUUCCAGACAAAAGUAAAGCUAAGCUAGUUGCUUGCGGAUGGUGGAAUACGCUUGCUGUUGUCGCGUCGGAAUCGGACGACAACCAUGAAGAUCAGGUAUAUUCAUGGGGUUCAAAUGAUCACCACCAGUUGGGUCGCAACGAAAGCUCCGACAGUAAUGAAGCCUUAGGGUCUGCGCAGAUUGUGUACUUGCCUCAGCGCUUGCAAGUUGCGAGUAUUGCCUGUGGCUGGAAGCAUUCACUUCUUGCCACUACUGUAGGCGAUGUAUUCGCAUGGGGAAGUGGACGUCAUGGUCAGCUUGGACUGGGAAGUGAUACUCUGGUAGCAUCCAUCCCACAGCGCAUUCAUGCGUUGAAGGACAUGGCUGUAUCCAAUGUUUUCUGUGGGUGGGAACACUCCGUCUUUCGGUCCUCAAGUGGAGAGGUGUUUACAUGCGGAAACAAUCGGCACGGACAAUUAGGCGUGCAGGAGAUUGUAGCUUCGGCUCGGAGUGAAAGACGAAAGCAGGUGAAUGGAUUACCUGUACGUGUGCCAAAUCUAAGUAACAGCAGUGAAGGUCUUUGCACGAUGCAAAUUAGCUGCGGUUGGCACUAUGUUUUGUGCCUCACCGAGCGUGGAGACCUGGUGACAUGGGGCAAAGGCAGUCACGGACAACUGGGUCUUGGACAGUUUGAAAACGCGACCGAGCCGACGAAAAUUGUGUUUCCUCAUAGCGUCCGACAAAUUGCCUGCGGCAGUGAGCAUUCAAUGGUGGUGACACAAAGUGGAGAUCUGUACACCUGUGGAUGGGGAGAACACGGCAAUCUUGGUCAUGGUGAUAAUACGAACCGUGCUUCAUUGACAAAGGUAGCUUUCUUCACAAACAACAACCAAGAGGUCAUCAGUGUUGUUGCUGGUGGAGCUGUCUCCCUUGCUAUUACAAGUACGAGACACCCCUCCAAAAAUUAG